UGCAUUUGAGCCUGCGAUGGUGCUGGCGAUCACCGACAGGAAUCACCCGAGGGCAGCGGGGCUGCCUAACGCUUUCUCUUGGUGGGGCCAGAAGUUAUCGUUAACGGGGAACGGCUGCGCACAGGACGCCACGAGGAGACUCGUGAACUCGAGAUGGUGGAUCUUGAUCGUCUCCUAUAUCGCGUGUAGCAGCCUCCUAAACGCUCUUCGCAAGGGCUCUUUUAUGCGAAUCGUUAGCGGCUUAGACAUGGUAGUCGGAGCCUUCGGAACCCUGGCAGCGACUGUCUUCUUGCAACGCGAGGGCAACCACCUUUGCGACCUUCUCGCUGACGCGGCCAACGUAGCUGAGGACAUAUACACUGGUGGCCUACCAAUAGAACUUCAGAUAAAAGCGGAAAAGCACUGUUCAUGGGGUCGCUGGCUGUUCAAAGUGGCCAUCGUCUACCCUUUUGGCAUCUCUGCGGCAUGUGGCCUGCCCAUGCUGGCGGGCUUUGAUUUCGGUCUUCCGCUGUGGCCUUGGUUCAGCGGGGAGCUUGGCCGCAUCUCAGUGGCAGCGAUUAUGUCUUUUCUUGUUAUCCCCAUAUGUCUCCCGGUCUUCGUUGUCUUCUGCUUCACGCUGUUCUUUGUGGAGGCCGUUGCCAUACUCUUUACAAUUCUUGGUGCUCAGUUUACUAAAGCGCGUGAUUUCUACGAUGUCAGGGAGUGUCUACGGCGGCACGUGCUUCUGAGCCAAAUGGCCCAGAUGACCUCAGACGUUUUCGACGAGGCCGUCACUGCCUUUGUGUGCGAUCUCCUAUUCAUGCCCGCCUUGGCCACCGUCAUCACGACUCGUAUGGAUGCUACGGGAUUCGCUCUCGUCGGCAUGCUUUACCUCGUCUUCUUCUACGCCCUCUGCCUGGUAGGCGACGGGCUAGAGAGGUCCAGUAGCAGCUUGGGCAGCGCGGCCUACAAUUUGUACUCUAACCUACUAGACGGCGGCAGCGACGGCCGUAUUAAGAGGACGCUCGUCAUGGUUGUGAUACGCGCACACCGGGGUAACACCAUAGUCGCAUUCCGAAAGAGUAUGCGUCUUAACCUGCCUACAUUUAGCGACUCCAUCAACAAGUGGUAUUCAACGCUCAAUGUGCUGCUAAAGAUGCCAUAGACUUGCUUACAAGACCGUUUAAAACUUAUCUUAUAACGAUAAGCGAUAAGCAGCCAAUCAGAAUUGUUCGCUGAACGAGAGCGCAGCCUCUUUUCCUACUAAUCAAAAAUUAUACGUCGCCCCCAUGCAAGAAAGUCCGUUCUACGACGGUCGCCCAGAGAAUAUCCGAUCUACAAGCGUCGUUUGGAGAAUGGUCGAUCUGCAUUAGCCCGGCUGGAGAACAUCCGAAGCAACAUUUUUGACUGUUUUGAGAUAUUGGUGCCAUUUUAUGUAAC